AAAAUAAGGGCAGGCCCAUUUGGUUAGAUUAACAAGAGAAAAUAAAAUACAAACACAAAUUGGACGCCCAAAAGAAAAGAUAAUCGGGGCUCAGCGGUCUCUUGCGAAAGAUGAAGAGGAGUUUUGUAGUACAGCAAGUGGCUCGCAGUCGCACUCCAUGUUUCCUCUCUCCUUCCAUUUCUUCGACUUUUUCUUCUUCCUCCUCCUACUGCUUUAUUAAUGGUAACAAUAAAACUCCUUCGCUCCUCUCUCGCUCUCCUACUUUCCCGUUCAAAUCUCAAAUACGGAGGGCUUCCCUAUCCCCACUCAAUCAGAAUGCUUCCGAUGUAAAGGAUGAUGUCAAUGUCUUUCAACUCAUCCAAGCUCACCAGGAAAAAGCAGCUAGGCUGCCUCCUAUAGAGGAAAUUAGGACACUUCUCCAUUACAGCUUACGCGGAGUCCUCUCCACUUUCUCCCUGAAGUAUGCGGGAUAUCCAUCAGGGUCCACGGUAGACUUUGCUUGCGAUGCUUAUGGAUCUCCUUUGUUAGCAGUUAGUAACUUGGCGGUUCAUACAAAGGACCUUUUAGCAAAUCCCAAAUGCUCAUUGCUUGUAGCAAGGGAUCCCGAGGACAGGACCGACCUAGUUAUUAUAGUGCAUGGUGAUGCUAUUCAAGUUAAUGAAUCGGAUAAGGAAGCUAUACGUACUGCAUAUUUGACAAGACAUCCUGAUGCAUUUUGGGUUGACUUUGGUGACUUCCAAUUUCUGCGUAUUGAACCUAGAGUUGUUAGAUAUGUCUCGGGAGUUGCAACAGCUUUGUUAGGAUCAGGAGAAUUCAGCAACGAUGAAUUUAGAACCGCAAAAGUGGAUCCUAUAUAUCAAUUUUCCAAGCCUAUAGCGUCUCACAUGAACAAAGAUCAUGCAGAAGAUACAAGGCUGAUCGUGCAACACUCUACAUCUGUCCCGGUGGAAUAUGCAUACAUGCUGGACAUAGACAGUCUGGGUUUCAAUGUGAAGGCUGGGUAUGAAGGGAAGAGUAUGAAGCUCCGAAUUCCUUUUACAAGGCGUGCUGCAGAUAGAAAGGAUGUGAAGACACUGAUAGUAGAAAUGCUUCAGGCUGCCAAAAACCAAAGCAGUUGAAUAAAGGGGGUUGAUUUAGGGAGUUAAGAGUCAUGAUGUUGUCAUCCACUCCACUUAAAAUGUGUGUUUGAGUUGUCAUCUCAACUUGAGUGUACGUACAGCUGAAAACAUUCAUACCUUUUAAUGCAUCAGAAGGAAAAAUGAGUUCUUAUGGUA